AUGUCUGUCAAACAGUUCCUAGUGCUAGUGGCUCUAUUUUGUUCCAGCAACGCCAAUGAUGAGGCUUUGGUGGUGAAAAUUGGUGCCAUUUUCUUCGAUACGGAAAUGAAGCUCGCUGAAGCAUUUGAUGUGGCCGUGGAAGAAGUGAAUGCCGUAAAUCCUAACCUACGAUUGGAACCCAUCAAACAUUAUAUGACAAUUGAUGACAGCAUUGUCUUACAGGAUCUUUCUUGCGAAUUGAUUGGAAAUGGUGUCGCUGCUAUUUUUGGACCAAGUUCAAAGACGAACAGCGAUAUUGUUGAGGUUUUGUGUAAUAUGACGGGUAUACCACAUCUACAGUUCGAUUGGCAUCCCCAGCAGUCGUUUAGGGAGAGACUCAACCAUCAGAUGACUGUCAAUGUGGCACCAAUGGAACUGAUGCUAUCGAAUGCCUUUUCGGAUAUUUUGGGCAGCAAGCCCUUCGAUUGGAAGUCCUUUACCAUUGCCUAUGAGAAGAGUACUCACCUCAAUCGCCUGCAGCAUAUCUUUGCCUGGAAACAGCUUCAUAAAACGGGUAUCAAAAUGCAGGAAUUCCAGCGUGGGGACGACUAUCGCAUACUCUGGAAAAGAAUCAAUAAUGCCCGAGAAAAGUUUGUGCUAUUGGAUUGUCCCUCCGAUAUUCUGGUGGAUGUAGUAAAUGCCUCUAUAGACUUUAAUAUGACAGGCCCUUUUAAUAAUCUAUUCCUAACCAAUCUGGAUACCCAUGUUAGUGGCAUAGAUCGUUUCUAUUCCAGAGAGUUUACAGUGACAGUGGCAGCUGUAAGACUAAGAACAUAUAUUCCACCGCCAGUUCAUGAUGAAAUUGACGUAUUCGACAAUGAAGUGGAUACUAGGUUUGAUUCUCUAGGAACGCAGCUUGUCUAUGAUGCUGUGGUUCUAUUCUACAAUGCUCUGCUGGAUAUGAGUCAACGAUCAGGUUUCUAUAUGCCACAGUUUAGCUGCGGCCAUGGCUUUUGGCAACCAGGACCACAUGUAGUACAGAAAAUGAAGGAGCUCACACCGAAGCAAAUAAAGCCUCCCUUCAAGACCCAACGUCUGAAGAUCAAUGCGAAUGGCCAGCGUGAGGAUUUCAAUUUGGAAGUGUACAAUCCUCUCAUCGAUCGCGUGACCCACAUUUGGAAUAAAGAUUUUCAGCUUGUGGAUAUUGAGAAAAUAAAGGAGAACUCCACUCAGGCGGUGAAGCAGAGACGUCUGGAGAACAAAGAGGAUUUCUCGCAGAAACCCGUGCGGUUUACAGUGGCCACUCGUGUGGGUAAGCCGUACUUUAGCUGGCGAGACGAACCCGAAGGCGUUCACUAUGAAGGCAAUGAACGCUUUGAGGGCUAUGCCGUGGAUUUAAUAUAUAAAUUGGCAGAGGAAUGCAAAUUUGAUUUCGAUUUCGAACCUGUUAGGGAUAAUAAAUAUGGUAGCUAUGAUGCGGCUACCGAUGAAUGGGAUGGCAUCAUACGACAGCUGAUUGACAAUAAUGCUCAAAUAGGUAUCUGUGACUUGACCAUUACCCAGGCACGUCGCUCAGUUGUGGAUUUCACUGUACCCUUCAUGCAAUUGGGCAUUAGCAUUCUGUCGUACAAGGAGCCGCCGCCCAAGGCGGAUAUUUAUGGCUUCCUCAAUCCGUAUGGUGUGGAGGUUUGGCUUUAUGUAAUGAUUGCCAUGAUGAUCACAUCGAUGGCCAUGAUUUUGGCCGGACGCAUGGAUCAUGGAUCAUGGGAACCUCCAACGGAGAAUGCCAAUCAUGAGCUGGUGCGUCACAAUAUCUGGAAUAUGCAUAAUACCAUGUGGCUGGUGUUGGGUUCUAUACUAACGCAAGGCUGUGAUCUGUUGCCAAGGGGCCUUCCUAUGCGCCUGCUGACCGCCUUCUGGUGGAUCUUUGCCCUGCUCAUAUCUCAGACAUAUAUCGCGAAACUGGCUGCCUUUAUAACCUCUUCCAAGUUGUCGGGGAAUAUAGCCUCCCUGCAUGACCUUAUUGACCAAAAUAAGGUACAGUUCGGGACCAUACGCGGUGGAGCCACAUCCGUUUACUUUUCCGAAUCGAAUGACACGGAGAAUCGCAUGGCCUGGAACAAGAUGUUGUCUUUUAAGCCAGAUGCCUUCACUAAAAACAACGAAGAAGGUGUGGAUCGGGUAAAACUAAGCCGUGGAGCCUAUGCCUUUCUGAUGGAGACCACCAAUCUGCAGUACUAUGUGCAGAGGAAUUGUGAGCUAACACAAAUUGGAGAGAGUUUUGGCGAGAAGCAUUACGGCAUAGCAGUGCCAUUGAAUGCCAAUUUUCGAUCGAAUCUCAGUGUGGGUAUACUCAAGCUUAGCGAACAGGGUGUUCUCUACAAUUUGAGGAACAAAUGGUUCAAUAGCAAUGAAAGUACUUGUGUCGAGGACUCGACCAUCGAUGAUGGACAAUUCGAUAUGGAUUCUGUGGGUGGACUCUUCGUAGUGCUCAUUGUGGGCCUAUUUAUUGCAUUUCUCAUUGGCAUAGCAGAGUUUCUAUGGCAUGUCCAUCGCAUCGCUGUGAAAGAGAGGAUACCCACCAAGUUGGCUUUGAAAGCAGAGAUUAACUUUCUCUUACGCUUCUGGCUGACUAGGAAGCCUUUGCACACCUAUCGCCAGAGUCGAGACUCGACCUCCACGGGCUACUCCUCCCUGCAACAGUUAUCGAGUGCCUCUAACGAAAAAAAGAGGAAAAAGACAAAGAAAAGAGCGGAGUAGUAAAUGGAUGGAAAGGCUUGCAAACAUUCAGUGAAAUAUGUAUAUAGAAUAGAGAUAGGAUACUAUAGAGCUAAGCUUUGAAGGGAAACCAUGAUAUAAUUUAAAAGAAAAAAGAACUGGCUUUCUGUUUGUGGCAGAGUGGAUAAAGUAGUAGAUGUGGGAGGAGUUAUUAUUACAAGCUAAGGUCGUUCGGGAGCCCUGUGGAUUGUGAGAUCGGUUCCGUCUACAAGCUGUAAACGAGAGUCGUAACUGUUAUCCUGGGUGCUAACAUCGCUGUUGCUCUGUUUCAGCUGCUGCCCUAAACACCUUGUACACUGGGAUUCCUGCUACUUCGAAUCUCCGGCGUACUUUCCAACCAAUUCCUUUCCAAACAAGCGUUUUAUUGAAACAAUGGCAGGGACAUUCAGGGCAGACAACAGCAGCUUUUUAAUCCGCACUCAUUAACAUUCCCGACAGCCAAUUGCCACCCACAAAUUUGGGCAUCUUAAGGGCCCAUAGACCCGUCAACUACCGGGACAUAAUUAACCCUUAUUUGUACAUUUUAUUGCCUGCACCAUAAAAGAGCCAUUUAAAUUACAAAGCGCAAUACAAAAACCUUUGGCCAUUCAGCCAUUUGGCAGGCCGGGCCCGGAUCGGCGUCGAGUCGAGUGCUGGCAUUCAGGGUCCAGGACCCCAUAAAGGCCGCGAAAUUGUCUGAGGUGGAAUGCUGAUUGUUGAGUGGCAUUUAACUUUAAGGAAAUUUUCGACGGUCGAUGUCUGGCUGCUGUUGCCUUAAAGCAGCUUACAAUUUACAGUUUGGCCACCGCCGCACAGUGGGCCAAGCCGCUUAACUGCCAUAAUCCAAGUAUCUGGCCAGAACGCAACAGCAGCAGCAUCAGCAGAUCCACACUUGACCCUUUCACAGCUACUCCUCUUUCUCCUCUCUUCUUUCCCAUCCCAAACCAUUCAUUGCCCUUUUCUGUUUUCUCGUUUUUUUUAUGUUGCGGGACCCAUCAAUGUUGAAUGGGAGUGCGUGUCUGAUGCGGGCAAUGGUCAUCAUCGAAGUGGUUUCGGCAGGAAGAAUUUGCUUGUUAGGUCAUAAAAAUUCAAUAGCUAAGGGGGGAAACUAGUGGCCAGCCCUUGAUAAAGCUUCGCAAAAAUCUGCUCUGACUCUCUGAGUGUAAUUGGAACUGGUGGUGACUUGUUUAAGGGGCAACUGGUUUUGGAAGCCACUACCCCAAAGCUUGACCAGUUUUUGCAACCCUUUUUGAUGGAUGCACUUCUAUAAUUCCCAAUAGGUUAAAGCUCCCUUCAUGUACAUAUAGAUUGUGAAUUUUUCCAACUCUUUACCAGCCUUGUGCAGUGGCAAUACCGCAAGCAAUGAAGCUACAACUGAGCUGCGAUUAUUGCUAGUUGAAAACUUUAGCCAAUAACUCGCCCUCUGUUCGGUUCCGCAAGGUUCUGAUACAGUGAGGCAAUUUUUUUAAGGUCCCAAAAGGGCCGAA